GGAGCGCCCGCGGCUAGUCUGUCCGGGUCGCCGCGUCCCGCGUGGUGCAGGCUGCCCGCUGAGCGGCGGCGGGACCUGACGGACGCGCCUCCCGGCACGCCCGGCUCGACACUUCCCUUUGCCCGCACUUCCUCCUGCCGCAGCGCAGUGCCGGCUGGGCGGGCGGGAUGGCGGCCCGGGGGAGCUGCCGGGCGCCGACGCGACGGCUGCUGGUGCUCCUGCUGCUUCCGCUGCUGUGGGCCCCGGCCGGGGUCCACGCCGGCCCCGACGAAGACCUGAGCCAUCGGAACCAGGAGCCGCCGGCGCCCGCCCAGCAGCUGCAGCCGCAGCCCGCGGCAGUGCAGGGCCUCGAGCCGGCCCGGGCCGAGAAAGGACUUACGCCAGCCGCCCCUGUUCAUAGCAACAGAGAAGAUGCAGCUACCCAGACGAAUUUGGGAUUUAUCCAUGCAUUUGUCGCUGCCAUAUCAGUCAUCAUAGUGUCUGAACUCGGUGACAAGACAUUUUUCAUAGCGGCCAUCAUGGCAAUGCGUUAUAACCGACUGACUGUGCUGGCUGGUGCCAUGCUUGCCUUGGCCUUGAUGACAUGCUUGUCAGUUUUGUUUGGCUAUGCCACAACAGUCAUCCCCAGGGUAUAUACCUACUAUGUUUCGACUGCACUCUUCGCCAUUUUUGGCAUUCGAAUGCUUCGGGAAGGUUUGAAGAUGAGCCCAGAUGAGGGUCAGGAGGAGCUGGAAGAAGUUCAAGCAGAGUUAAAGAAGAAGGAUGAAGAAUUCCAACGAACCAAACUCUUAAAUGGACCAGAUAUUGAAACUGGUACAAGCACAACGAUACCUCAGAAGAAAUGGUUGCAUUUUAUUUCACCCAUUUUUGUUCAAGCUCUCACAUUAACCUUCUUGGCAGAGUGGGGAGACCGCUCGCAACUCACUACUAUUGUUCUGGCAGCUAGAGAGGAUCCCUAUGGUGUAGCAGUGGGUGGAACAGUGGGACAUUGCUUAUGCACUGGAUUGGCAGUAAUUGGAGGAAGGAUGAUAGCACAAAAAAUAUCUGUUAGAACAGUGACAAUCAUAGGAGGCAUCGUGUUUUUGGCGUUUGCAUUUUCUGCACUAUUUAUAAGUCCAGAUUCUGGUUUUUAAAAAGCCAUACAUCUGUAUUCAGCUUAAGAUAUGCAACUUUCUGUACAUAGUGUACAUUACAACUAAAAGUAAUGGAAAAUACUGUAUUUUGUAGUAUUAAUUUGUAAGUUUGACCCAUUUAAUGAAGUAUUAUGUCCAAAACAGAUAAUCAUUGAUUCUAUUUGUAAAAAAUUUUAAAAGGAAGUCUGACUUACAAGUAUGGGUUUUUCUCUAGCCUAAUUAUGUUAGCACUUCGGCCCCUACUUUGACAUGUGUUAAUUCAUUGCAGCGGGACUGACUGCUUGAAUCUUCUUGCAGCAUGACCCUUUUAUAAAUACAUUUUCCCCUUGGCCACUAGGGUGUUUAUAUGUAUAUCUUAAACAUUUCCUUGGGAAAAAGAAUUAUUUCUACUUUUGAAACCAUAUUCCUGAGCCAGUAAUCAGUAGUUUUAUCUUGUCUUUUGGGAAUUAGGAUUAAAGAGAGAAAUAAGGUUUUACUGUUGUGUCAAUAACAUGCCAUUAAGAGUUGUUGGCUAGGUCCGUUCUCCCUUUUAUUUUUUUUUAAUUGGGUAGGACACCCAAUAUAAAAAUAGUCAAUAUUUGACAACACGGACUUACCAAAUUAAAAGAGAAUACUAUGAAUGUAUUCCUAUUUUUUCUAUAUUGAAUAAACAAUGUAACAGAUACAAUGUAAAUAAAAGUGGUAUGACUAGUA